AUGGCAAACGCUAUGAAACGUUUAAUUCCUCUUUUGGACCGAGUUUUGAUUAAGCGUGCGGAGGCAGUGACUAAAACCGCUGGCGGUAUUGUAAUUCCUGAGAAGGCGCAAUCAAAAGUUGUCCACGGUGAAGUUAUUGCCGUGGGCCCCGGAGCAAGGAAGGACAAUGGCGAAUUCGUUCCUGUUCUCGUGAAAGUCGGCGACAAGGUGCUCCUCCCCGAGUACGGCGGCACCAAAGUGUCCCUCGAAAACGACGAAAAGGAGUACCAUCUAUUUAGAGAAUCUGAUAUUUUGGCCAAGAUUGAAAAUUAA